AUGCCAGCAAUCCGCCGCUCGCGUAUAGCAGCAAUUGUCAUCGUCUUCCUCCUCAGCGCCCUGUGGUACAUCCGUCACAAACCCGGCGCCUGGUCCUACCAGUAUACCUCCUACACCCCCGCGCUCCCCAAAGCGCCCGCCAAUGACGGCAAGGUCCACUGGAUUAAACUCCCCGACCGUUACCCAGUAUCCUCAUAUAUUUCCUAUCCGACCGGCUCGCCGGCCAAUAUACCGCUGGUGCAGGCUUCGCAGCCCCGGGAAUCCGCGGCAGAGAAACAAGAACGGAUAAAGCGGAAACAGGCGGUGCUGGAUAGCUUUCUGCAUAGUUGGGAGGGGUAUAAGGAGCAUGCUUGGCUGAGGGAUGAAGUUGCGCCGAUAAGUGGGCAGUCGAGGGAUACGUUUGGGGGCUGGGCGGCGAGUUUGGUGGAUACGCUUGAUACUCUUUGGAUUAUGGGGAUGAAAGAUGAAUUUGAGCUUGCGGUGCAUGCCGUAGAGGCCAUUGAUUUUUCGACGACGAUGGAGAAGGAUAUCAAUAUUUUUGAGACGACGAUUCGGUACUUGGGCGGCUUUUUGGCCGCGUAUGAUGUGAGUGGGGGACAGUAUCCGGUGUUGCUUGCUAAAGCGGUGGAGGUGGGGGAAUUGGUCAUGAGUUGUUUCGAUACGCCGAAUCGUAUGCCUAUCACGAGGUGGGACUGGCAGAGAUACAGCAAUGGCAAUGCCCAGGAAGCUCCUGAGGGAUCUUUGGUUUCUGAACCUGGAUCUUUGAGUUUGGAAUUCACUAGACUUUCGCAGUUGACGAAGGACCCGAAAUACUAUGAUGCUGUUCAACGGAUAUCAGAUGUAUUUGAAGAGGGGCAGAAUACGACCAAAAUGCCUGUCAGUAUUCACUUAUCCAAACCUGCUUCCGGCGCUUUCAGUGAAGAUAACUUCUUUACUCUGGGUGGAAUGUCCGACUCCCUCUAUGAAUAUUUCCCUAAACAGUAUCUCAUCAUGGGCGGCCUACUCGAACAGCCCAGGAAACUAUACGAAGGCUUCAUUGAAGUAGCCAAAGAGCACAUGUUUUUUAGGAUCUACAACCCUAAAGACCAAAAUCUCACCGUAUCCGGCGACAUUCAAGUCAUUGGCGGCGGCAACAUACUAAACCGGAUACCCAACGGCCAACAUCUCACAUGCUUCGCAGGUGGCAUGGUGGGCCUCGCCUCCAAAAUAUUCAAUCGACCAUCCGAGCUCACCCUAGCAGACGAGCUCACAUCCGGCUGCGUCUGGGCGUACGACAACAACCCCAACGGCAUUGCCCCUGAGAUCUUUUCCGUGAUGCCAUGUCCAAAGAAUCUCGACUGCAAAUGGAGCCAAGAGAGAUGGCAUAGAUCCCUGGCGGUUUUUCACCCUUUAGCAGGCGGCAUUCUCGAAGACGACGGUUCUCUGUCCGAGCGUGUUUCGAAAAUCGCAAAGGAAAAUAGGCUCGCACCCGGCUUUACACAAAUCACAGACCGGCGCUACAUCUUACGUCCUGAAGCAAUUGAAUCCGUCUGGAUCAUGUGGCGCAUUACAGGCGAGAAAAAGUGGCAAGACGCUGCAUGGCGUAUGUUCCAGGCCAUAGAGAAAGUUUCGAGGACUGAUAUUGCUGCUGCUGCAAUUGUGGAUAUUACGGUUGAUCCGAAGGAUGUCAAGGGCCAGAGAAUGGAUAGCAUGGAGAGUUUUUGGUUAGCGGAGACGCUGAAGUAUUUUUAUCUUUGUUUUGAGGAUUUUGGAGUUGUUAGUUUGAAUGACUAUGUUUUGAAUACAGAGGCGCAUCCUUUGAGGAGGCCAAGGUAG